AUGGCGAGCCCUGCUAGAGUACAGAAAAGAAAGUCAAGUGCAGACCGCUCAAUAUCACCCCCACCAUUGCGUCGCAAAGUACAGUCUACGACAACGCAGACUGCUGUUGCAACAUUCUUUACGCCUACAUCGCAAAAGCCACCUGAAAAGAUUUCCUGGCAAGAACGCGCUCCAAAUGAUGAUCUACCAAGCACGCUUUUGGUUGGCAAAUUUGAACCACCAACCAGCUCAGUUACAGAGGUAUCAUCACCCAAUUUGAAAAGAAACAAAGUUGCUGCUUUUGAUUUCGACUCUACUCUCAUACAAACAUCCUCUGGCAAGAAGCAUUCUCGUAACGCUCAGGACUGGAAGUGGUGGCACCCAUCGGUUCCUGGUACUCUCAGAAAAAUAUACUUGGAGGAUGGGAAUUUUGCUGAAAACGUCGGGAUCAAAUUCUAUACCCCCGAAGAAUAUUUUCUCAAGGAAACACCAAGACCAUUUACUCGCACAUUUGACCCAGAAGAUCACUGCUUUAGAAACACUACAGACAAUACAAAUGCGGAUCGAGAUAUUCGAAGCAAAUGGGUAGCAUUAGCUGCCAAGUAUUCCGUACCGAUCCGCUGUGUUCAUUUUUUAGCAGGCGUACAAGUAUGCGAGCACAACGAUGCUGUGCGAGCCUUGAACCAAACCAUGAACCCAGAAAAGAGAAAAUCACUCCCUAAAUUAGCCUUUACAAGCUUUACGUCGAGGUUUCAAAAACCAGACUUGACCGAAGGAUUCCAGGAUAUUAUAGAAGUACCAUUCAAGCAACGUUACUAUAAGUGUAUGCCUGUAUCUGUCCGUCCUUCACCGCAACAGGAGUAA